CCACGAACCCCUGGUCUUGGAUGUUGUCAAUGGACGACAGAUCUCGCCAAGCGAUGAACCGUUGCUAGGCCGCGAGGUUUAGCUGUAGAAGGUGUACAAGGAAUCAUCCCCUGGUGUUCCCUCAGUUGCAUUCGCUUUCGAAGACCUUGCAACCGAGAUGCCUCCCAAGCGCAACAUUGCAGCGGAAGAUGUGGAUGAAGCUGAUGAUGAUGAGGUGGAGAGGUUGAUCAACAGAGAUGAUGAUAUAGCAGAUGAUGAUGAAGACUUCUUCCUCAAGGGUCCUUCCAGCAAAAAAACUGUUCGAUUUGCUUCAGAUAAACUAAAAGAUGUGAGGGUGCAGAUUGCUGAGGUAACUGAUGUAAUGCGAGAUAAUGUUGGGCGGCUCUUGGAAAGAGGAGACCAGCUGGACAAUCUCCAGGAUCGAUCAGAGGGACUUGCAACCACUUCUGAUCAAUUCCGAACCACAGCAACCCGCUUGAGACGCAACAUGUGGUGGCAGAAUACACGUGCAAAACUUUGCAUUGGAGUCACAGUAACUGUCAUUUUGCUAUUGAUAUUUAUUCCAGUCAUUAUCAAAAUGAAUUCAUAGACCAGCCAAAGACCAACAUGUGCAAUCUUUCAUGGUAAUGGAACCCUAGUCUGAUCCUCUGUAGAGAGAGGAUAAAUUUUCUAAUUCUACAGCUCAUUUUGGCAUAUGAACUUAAUGUUACCAAGGGUGAUCUGUAUAUUUUUACAGAGCAAAGUUAAAUAUUGAUGCAGCUAUAUAAUUUUGGAAUAUUGCAUGAAUUACUGCAACUUUGGAAGUUCUUACAUUUGAAGACCUUUCACUAUGCUACAUCACAAGGCAUUGUCUCAAACACCUGAAUGUCUUGCAUUGAUAUCUUGCAAAGUCCAAGGCUUCAGAGUGAGUAGACAGAUUUUGUUAUUUUGAUUUUGUUCUCAAAAGAUGUAGUAUCCCUCUUUGUAUACUUUUGGAAGUUUUAAUUUUACAUUAUAAUUUAUUGUCAGGUUUGCUUGGCAUGGUAAUAUGAAUAACAAACAUGCUUAUCAGAAUGUCUUCUUUGUAUUAUAGAGUACUGAAAUGUAUCAGUACAGGAGUUUUUAACCUGUCCUGGUUUAUGACAGUAAUCGGGUAAAGUCAUAUAGUUAUUGCUGAUAUAAGAAUGUUCAUAUUUAUGUGGCAUAUCAUACUAUCAAAUGUAUGCCCAAAUACUCUAAACCCAAUAAAACCAGUUCAAAGUCUUGGUAAGGUCAGGCGAGGGCAAGUGUACAUUAGUGCACACUGCUUCAAGCUUGGGCGAUUGUCCAGCUUGUGGUAAGGUGUGUGAGUCCUCCUGUCAAUUGGGACAUUGACUUGUGACAUGAUUAUGCGUCACCUGGCAUCUGUGAUUAUUGGUCAUAGCAUGGUAGCAUGUAUCCUGUCAUUAGAGGUUAAUAUGUUUAUAUUGCAGUCAGCAUAGAUCUUAAAAGCAUGAUGUAUCCAUGUUCAAGCUAAUUUUUUUCAAGGAAUUGGACUAUUAGAUGUUCUUAUGGUACCCAACCAGAUUUUAACAGAAUUUCCUCUUGAUAUGAUAUAGUUUCAGUUUCAUAAAUUGUAUGCAUCUGUGUACUAGAUAAGCCAUAUGAAGCAUCAAAAACAUAUUUAUGUUUUAAUUGUAUAUGUAUAUAUUUUGCUUAGGUAAUCCAUUUUUUGUAACUUUAUUCUUUCAAAUUUAAUAUGAAAAGGGUUCACUUGGCAUAGAUACAUAUAUUCAAAAAACAAGAUGUACUUUUGUUGUACUUUCUUAUUACUACAAUGAUUUUUUUUUUACAAUUUAUUUAUUCUCAUAUAUUUUCUAGUCUUCCUGCUGUCAGAUAAUUGGCAAAGUGAGAUCUCUCAAGAAUGUUUUGUCUAGGUGGGAAUUAUUGAUGUCAACCUGAAUUGGCCAUAUACAGUACCUUGUAGUAAGGAAGAUGUUUGUCAGGAGUAACUUAUUCUACUGGGCAUAUCUGGAGACUUAAGAGCAGCCAAAGUAGUGGUUGGUGGAUUCGUAACUGAACAAAGUUGUGCAAUUUACUUAUUGAUGGCUGUGUUUCUUUAAUUUAUUUUAGUCAUGUAAAAGCUUUAAGAUACAAGGUUUACUUUGGUGGAGAAAUACAGAUUGUUAGUAAUUUAGGUAUAAAUGAUCAACUUUUUAUUCUGUGUUGCCACCUUUGAUUAUUUAUUGCAAGAGGAGAUAAAAUGUAAUGUGUAUGUUAGAUUGACAUUUUGCAUGUGAAGUAGGGAAAGCUAAGUUCAAUGCAUAUUUGCAUGUAUAAAAUCUCAAUUUUGAAAGAGUCAUGACAAAGCACAUUUCAUUAGUGGUCUUGAUAGCAAAAUACAUAAUUGUCUUACAUUUGUAUAUUACUUUUGAUAUAUAUAUAAAUAUAUAUAUAUAUUCAUUUCAUGCUACACUAUGUAUGAAUGUCAGAAUAUGACAUUGAAAUCUUUUACACACACACACACACACACACACACACACACACACACACACACACACACACACACACACACACACACACACACACACACACACACACACACACACACACACACACACACACACACACACACACACACACACACACACACACACACACACACACACACACACACACACACACACACACACACACACACACACACACACACACACACACACACACACAGAGUUAAUACAGAAAUUAAUGCUGCAGAGUAAGAUUAUAUAUUUGCCUUAGUUUGGAAUGGUAGACUUGAUAUGGUUAUAGAUUAGAAGAUGAUCAGGAUGUAGAUAUCAUGCUCAGUCUACAUAUUUAUGUAACAUAUCACACAAUUUCAGAUCUAUGUUUUUGCUAGGCAAACAUCUGAAACUGGUAUGAGAAAUGUAUAUAUUUUUGUUCUGUUCUUUCACAUAUCCAAUAAUGUCAAUAGGAAAAAAAAGGCAAUAUGGAAGAGGUGCAUUAUCUGUUACCAGUGCAUAUCAACUGUGUCAGUACCAUAUGUAGGUGGUGUGAUUACUCUGCAUUUGAUCCCUAUUGAACAAAUAAAGGAGCUUUUAUUGUUGUAAUUUAUUGACUAUGAAUAUACUGUCAAGAUGUAGCAUGGGUUGUAAUUUGCUCUACAUUGAUUUUGGUUCCAUUUUGAAUUGUGCUUAGUCAUGGUAUCUAUUUUGGAGGUCAAGUUAAAGAUUAUAUAUAGAAAUGGUAGAGCAAUAUCACCAGAUUUGAUGAACUUUAUAAAAUAUUCUUCCAUCAAACUGGAUUCUUAAUUUUUGUAAGCAAAGCAGUGAUUACGUCAAAGUCCUUUCUGGCUCUGUUGCUUCCUUAGGGCAAUAAAUUGAAAAAGACCUGGAUUACUAUUGAGGUUUCCAGCUCUUUGUUUCAUUGCUCUGUUUACCACUUGAUCAACAAGAAUCUUCCAUUCUCGUUUUUGCAGACUUGGUUCUGCAAAUAACAAAAUAGUAAUCAGUGGUCUCAUUUAUUUUUAAGGAAACCUUAACUUGACUUUAGUUGUAGGUUAAAUGUGAAAGUGUGUAUUCAGUCAGAGGAUGUUUUAAUAAUAUUUUAUCCAUUCAAGUUGGGGUACAUGUAUACCCAUAUUACUCAUCUGUCAAGCUUACAGAUGUUUGUACUCAUGUUCAGCUAUGUGGAUGUCCCAUAUCUAAGAUGAAGCUUAUUCAUUAAAUUUAUUUUGAAAUAAGAUUGUUUGAAUUUUUAAUCUAAGAAAAACAGAAAAACUCCAAAGAAUGUGACUGUCUUGAUAAUUUAGAUUUUUGUUGUCGCAAGAUGGCAGCAUUGCUAUUGGCAGUUUUGGACAGACGAAAGUCAGUAUGCCAAUCUGAUUUUUAUUUUACAAUUAGAAGUGCUUGGUGCUUUUCUUCAGUGUGUGUCAUGGUCUGGAAGUUAUAAUCUUUUCUAGUGUGUAAAAUGAAGACAUUAUAAAAAUUGUACGUAUUGUAGUAUGAUAUUUUUUCUUUUUGCUGAGAGUGAAGUGGUAAGUGCAUGAAAUAGAAAAUACAGUGAUCAUAUGCAUACCUAAACAUUUUAUUGAUUGAAUUUGAGAGAGAUGAAGCUCCUUCUGCUUAAAUUACUUAGACAAGACUCAGCAACAGGAUAUUUUGCACUACCAUUGCUGUAAAACUUGACUUCUAAGUAAGUAAUAGCUAAUUUGUCUGUGUAUGAAGUCAUUAAUAUGUACAUUUGUUCAAACUAUCAAUAGGCCCAACUCAGGUUCACAUGCCCUUACUUACAUAUUUCAUGUGAAGCUAAAUGCAAUUUUUAAAAACUUUUAUACUGUAUGAAUAUGAAUGAAAUUAUAAUGAGCUUAUGAA